AUGUCGCAAUUGUUUGAACCUGUGCCCGCCAGGGAGAUCAUAUCUUGGGACGAAGCUCGUCUCAUUUCCUUUUUCAAUACAUAUUAUGUCCCAGGCAGUCAGGAUCGAGACCUCUCUGACCUGAUAUUGGACGUCGAUAAACUUUCAACCCAGGAGCGAGAUGAACUUUCGCUCAAGAUCACCGCGGCCCUUAAAAGCCUCCCCGAUCGGCCACUUGACCCCGGCGAAUUGUUCAAGCGCCUGGAACAAGUACGCGACAGGGGACUCGACAGAGCCGAGUCCCCAAGCGUGGAGACUACUUCUAGUACUCGAACAAGGCCUGCGUCUCCUCCCGAGAACAAUACCAGGCUCGAAGGCAUCGCCUACCAUGACCUUUCUCAAAGGCAGGGCCGUCCUGCAUUGCCGUUGGAGUACCUAUCGGGCGGCGUCACGGAAGAGCAAAGAACCAGGCAGGCAGUUAUAUGGGUCGACAGCGACUACCCGCUCAUGCGGGACGAUGACGUUCCACCCAUCUUCUCCUUCCAACUAGAAAACUGGCUCAAGUUUCAACACCAGUGGCAGUGGGAUAACCGUGGCAAGGCUGACAGCGGGGAAGGUUAUAGGGAGCAUCUCGAGUUGCAAAUAAAACAGUGCAGUGAUAGGGGAUUGGAAAGCUGGGCAUUGUCAAAAGGUUUCGAACGCGCAACGAGAUACGCGUGGGAUAGAGAUAAGCGGGUGACUGAAUGUCGACCGCCAGGAAGCCUCGCCGCCUACGCCGAAGCAGUCAAACGUCGACUCUCAAGUCAUGGAUUCUUGGAAUCGUUUGAGUUCAUGGAGGACCCCCGCCAACAAGACAUGCGGACAACAUGGAUAGAAUAUCUCGCCUAUCUUUAUAACCGGCAAGAUUUUUACGCAAGGCGACUCGCAAAGGCGGAAGGCGGAUACCGUGGAGCCUGGGAAACCUUUGAAAAACGGGGGUGGGUCAUGAUUCUGAAGCACAACGUGUUUCACGCCGACUCAACUGCUAUCGGGGCGGAGCCCGCCUUGUUACGGCUUGCGCAAGUGAGUUCCGAUUUCGAAGAAAGAAUGGCCGCCCUCAAAGAGUUGCUCGCGCGCAUAAGACCCUAUCGACAGUGGGAGUAUCUGCUACGGAGGCAAGAGAAACGGGCUGCGUGGGCGCGCGAGCAGAUUGCUGCUAUCGAGUCGGAGAAGAGGGAGGCCGAGGCUGAGGCGUCAAGCAAGAAGCAAGAUCAAGAGCAAGGUGAGGCAAACGCUGAGGCAACAGGAAAGCAUCAACGGCAGGAUGAGGCUGAGCCUGAGGUGAUGGGCAAAACGCAAGAGCAAGAGCAGAAUGACGCCAACGCCGAGGCCAUAGGAAAGGAGCAAAAGCAGGACGAGGCUGAGCCUAAGGCGAUACACAAACCGCAAAAAGAGGAACAGGACGAGGCUGAGGCAGUGAGCAAGAAGCAAGGGCAAGAGAAGGAGCGAGAGAAGGAGCAAGAGAAGGAGCAAGAAAAGCAGCAAGAGAAGGCUAAGAUCAACGCUGAGGCAACAGGAAACAAUCAGGAGCCUGGAGCAAGAGGCGAGAAGCGGAAGCAAAAGCAGGAUGAGCCCGACCAAAAGCAAAAAGAGGAACAGGAGGAGGCUAAGGUAGUAAGCAAGAAGCAAGAGCAAGAGAAAGGGGAAGAAAAAGAGGAAGAAAAGGAGAAGGAGAAGGAGAAGGAGAAGGAGAAGGAGAAGGAGAAGGAGAAGGAGAAGGAGAAGGAGGAGGAGAAGGAGAAGGAGAAGGAGAAGGAGCAAGAGCAAGAGCAGGCUAAGACCAACGCCGAGGCAAUAGGAAAGAAGCAGAAGCCUGGAGCAAGAGGUAAGAAGCAGAAGGCUAAGGCUACGGCAACUGGAAAGAAGCAAAAGCGGGAUGAGGCCACGGCUAGGGCGAUAGGCAAACAACAAAAAGAGGAACAGGGGGAGGCUGAGGCAGUGAGCAAGAAGCAAGAGCAAGAGCAAGAACAGGCCGAGCCCGAGGCCACAGCUACCUCGAGCCGUCAGCACAACAGGCGAAAACGAGCUCGGUCCGUUGAAGAAGCCGAGCCCACAUCGACGAGAGCGAACGAGGGAGGUGAAGAGGCUAGCAAAACACGAAGUGAAAGAGGCGGCGGCCAAUUGGCUGACGACGUUCCAUCACGUCGCAGUCAGCGUCUUGCCACGCAAGCGUCGCGCGCUUUCAACCACACCACACCACCAGCCCCGCUACAUAGCCGCACCAAGUCAGCCUCGUGGAAGCCACAGGCAUCCAAAGCAUUACUUACCUUUGCAUCCUUGGCUCCGCCGACUGUCGUUGCGAUGGACCCCCUCAGCGCCAUUGGCUUGGCAUCCGCCAUUGUCCAGUUUGUCCAGUUUGGCUUCCAGAUCGCCGACCGGCUGCAGGACCUGACGGCCAAGCACCCGGGGCAGAUUCCCAAGGCCCUCCAGGGCAUCUCGAUGCACCUGCCGCUGCUGGCCAACUCGCUGUCCAAGAUCAAGUCGGACGCCCGCAUCAGCGUGUUUGACCUAGACACCAAGUGCAUCCUCAAGGGCAUCGUGGCAGGCUGCCUCACGCAAGUACAAGAGGUCGAGGCUAUGCUCGAGGAAAUCGCCUGCACGCCGGGCGACUCGCUGAAAACCAAGCUCAAAAAGGUCAUGACGAGCAUGAAGUACGAGGAAAAGCUGGCGCGCAUCGAGCGCAACCUCAACACGUACAUUUCGGUUCUCAUCCUGCAUCACGUCGUCGACGCGGCGGAUGCGCCCAAGGACUUGCUGGAUGAGACGUAUUUUGAUGUCCGCGAGAAACUCACCGACGCGCAUGUUGAGCGAAAAGGCCUUGUCGAGCAGCUCGACGCACACUUUUAUGACGCGUCCCGCUCCCAAGUAACGUCGCCCACCGUUUUGCUCCUCUCUGGUAAAAAAGGCGCAGGCAAGACGCAGCUUGCUCUUGGCUACUGUCGUGCUGUCUACGAGCUGCGGCAGUUUCGCACCGUAUUUUGGCUGGACGCGUCCACACUUGAGAAGUUGAACUUGGGCUUUGAGCGCAUGUUUGCGACGGUCAACCAGAGCAUCCAAGGAACGCGCACCGACAAGAUUAACUUUAUCCGGAAUUUCUUAGAGGAGCUCUGGCACCCCUGGCUCCUCAUCCUCGACAACUACGACUCUGCGCUCCUCUACAACCACAUCAUGGACUUUUUACCCAGUCGAGGGUCCGGCGCCAUACUAUUGAUCUCUGAGGAAGAGGAAAAUGGGCUUGGAAAGGUGCUACACGUGCCAAAUUACUUGGGGCCCCACGAGCAAAAGCGUGUCGACUCGUUGCUCCAAGCCGCUGUCCAGAACAAAGACUUGGCCGCCAUCAAGGAAGCCGUUGAGCAGGGCGCCGACGUCAACACCAAGAUCUGGGACCAGUGGCCCUGCAUACACCGCCUGGCACUCUUUGGCAUGGUCGACGCGCUGCAGUACCUCGUGGAUCGCGGCGCCGAUUUGCAGAUUGACGCCCAGGUGGCGCCGACGCUGCACUGGGCGGCCACUGAUGGCAGUGAGGCGACGACCCGGCUCCUUCUCGACUACGAAGACAAACAGCUCGUCUCUUUCUCCCGGGCGACGCAUCAGGCGGCUUUUGCCGCCGCGGUCGAGGAUGGUCAUAUGGAUGUGGCGCGGAUGCUGCUGCAGAGACGCAACGUCAGCAUCCACGCGCCGAACCGAUAUCAGCAAACGGCGCUGGAGAGCGCGGCGGACAAGGGCCGAAUUGAUCUUGUGCGAUUUUUGAUCGACCAAGGUGCUCUGCGCGAUAAUAAAGCAGCUGGGGAGAAUGCGUUGAUCAAGGCGGCUUCUCGCGGCCAUUUGGAGACGCUGAAAAUUCUCUGCCUGGAGGGAAACGUCAGUGCCGCUGCUCGUCGUGACUCUGGGGACUCUGCACUGAUUCUGGCAACGGACUCCGACUACAACGACACGACGCUUCAACUGGCAGCGUUCCUGCUGGAACAAGGCGCCAAUCCUGACCCAAUUGGCUAUCAGGAUGGCCUGCUUCACAAGGCCUGUGUUCGGGGAGAGCUAGACUUUGUACAGCUGCUGUUGAAGCACCAUGCUGAUCCGACAAUUGACGGUGCCGGAUACUGCCCGCUCCAGUAUGCCAUCCAGUACGACAAUCCAGAAAUUGUCGACGUGCUUCUCACUACAGAAGUCCCCAACGCAGAGAAGCGCGCGUCUUGGCUCGACUCUGCCUUACUCUACGCGGCCCGGAUAGGCAAGCGCGGGGCCGUCCUGCAACUCCUCGAGCAAGGUGCCAAUAUCAAUGUCCGGCUCAAGGAGGGCCAUCCUGUCGGCGCAACCAGCCUGCUGCUGGCAACCUUGGAAGGCCACGUGCAGACGGCGCAGCUUCUCGUCCGUCGUAAAGCGCGACAGGAUAUUGCCGAUGAAAGGGGGCGCUUGCCUCUGUCGUCAGCUAUCGCGGGCGGUCACCAUUUACUCGUCCGGGACUUGAUCCGCGCUGGCGGCGAUGCCAACAUGGCGAGUGGCGAGAACAAGGAUACGGCCCUCAUGGUUGCCGUCGCAGCCAACCAUGAAAAGGUCGUCGAGGUGCUGUUGAAGAAUGGGGCGAAUGCGCAGACGACGAACAAGUUUGGGGAGACGGCACUCGAUAUUGCGGAAGAGAAGGACUACGAAGAUAUUAUUAAAUUGCUCAACCAAUGA